CCUACUUCGACGCAGAAAAGGAAAGAAAAACAAAAAAGGCUCGACUGAGAAAAUGGCUGACAACGAAGAAGAGCCACCUCUUGCUAUUCAAAUUGACCAUGCUGUCCAAGAACCUUCUCAAUCCAAUCCAGAGCAACCUCAGGACGACAACGUUUCAGUUGGGGUGACUGUCAUCACAGGCUACCUCGGUGCCGGCAAAUCCACUCUUGUUAAUUAUAUAUUGAAUGCCCAACAUGGAAAAAGGAUUGCUGUGAUUUUGAAUGAGUUUGGUGAAGAGAUUGGAGUUGAAAGGGCUAUGAUAAAUGAAGGAGAAAGUGGUGCCCUUGUUGAAGAAUGGGUUGAACUGGCGAAUGGGUGUGUUUGUUGCACUGUAAAACAUAGUUUGGUUCAAGCCCUGGAACAACUUGUUCAAAUGAAGAAAAGACUUGAUCAUAUAUUGUUAGAGACGACAGGGUUAGCAAAUCCUGCUCCUCUGGCAUCAGUUCUUUGGUUGGAUGAUCAACUGGAAUCUUCAGUCAAGCUUGAUUCUAUAGUUACUGUUGUAGAUGCCAAAAACCUGCAUUUUCAGCUCAACAGGCGUCGUGACUCUUCUUCAUUUCCUGAAGCAUUUCUUCAAAUAGCAUUUGCGGAUGUUGUAAUUCUUAACAAGGUUGAUUUGGUUUCUCCAGAGGGUUCUGAAGGUGCUGUAGAGGAGCUGGAGAAUGAGAUACAUAGCAUAAACUCCCUUGCUAAUGUCAUUCAUUCUGUUCGGUGUCAAGUAGACUUGUCUCUGGUACUGAACCGGCAAGCAUAUGAUGCUAAGCACGCCACACAUUUAGAAGCACUCUUAGAAGAAAGCAAAUCUAUACCUUCCAGAGAUCUUCAUGAUAGUGGUGUGCGGACAUUAUGCAUUAAUCAGACAGAAGCUAUUGAUCUUCAUAAGGUCCGUUUAUGGAUUGAGGAGAUUCUUUGGGAUAAGAAGUAUGGAAUGGAUGUAUAUCGCUGCAAAGGGGUUUUACGUAUUCAAAACUCUGAUCAUCUACAUACUCUGCAGGCUGUAAGGGAGAUAUACGAGAUUGUUCCAGCUCGCCAAUGGAGAAAGGAGGAUAAGCAGAUGAACAGGAUAGUGUUUAUCGGUCAUAAUCUGGAUGAAAAUAUUCUCGCUGAUUCCUUUGGAGUUCACAACUUCGAGAUUUACUAUAACUUUAAUUGCAAAACCUUGAUACUUAAUCUCUGCAUUUAUGUGUUAGGAUCUUAACAAAUUUCUCCCAAGUCGACUCUCUCCUCCCUCCUUCCCUCACUGGCUGCUAUUGAAAUCUGAGCAAAGUUAAUUUUCGAGGAGCAGCAGCUAAGUGACUGGUGGUCCGAGUCUAAUUUUUCUGCUGAAAGAAAAAAAUGUAUCAAGGGUUAUAGGUACGAGUUAUGGUGUUUGGCCCGUGCUGCGGGAAUAAGGUACUGUGUGUUAUAUUGUGAUGCUGAAGAAGCACAGUGUAGGAAAUGGAAUGAAGAGCGUAGGGAGAAGGGAGAGGCUGCGUAUAAUGAUGCGAUAUUCGAAGAUUUAGUUAGAAGGUUUGAGAAACCAGAUAGAAGAAAUCGCUGGGAUUCGCCUUUGUAUGAGUUGUGGCCUCAUAAUGAUGGAGUAGAGAAAUCUUCCCAUGCCAUUGCGGACGCGGUUUCUUAUUUGACAAAAAAAGUGGACUCGAAAUCACGCGAUGUUAAGAUUUUGCAGCCGACCAUUGCUACACAAAACAUGCGGUUUUCCGAGGCAAAUUCUUUGUACGAGUUGGACAGAGCCACACAGGAGGUGAUUAAUGCUAUUGUGGAAGCACAAUCCCAGGCAACCGGGGGACCUCUUGGUGGUAUUUGUAUUGGCCAAGGUUUACCAAGCAUCGAUAUGUCCAGAUCAGUCGGGCUGCCAGAGCUACGUAGGCUACGACGUACAUUCAUCAAGUUAACAGGACAAACAAGUUUGAGUGGGCGACCUCCACCUUCCGAUGCGGACAGUGCAAAAAGGAUGUUUGUAGACUAUCUGAAUAGGGAAUUAGGAACUUCUGCUUGAAAGAGGGUAAGUACACUACUUUUAUACCUUGAUUAUUGUUGUUAAAGGUUUUACUAAUUUACAUUCUACUGUUAUUUUCUCUAAAAAACCAUUUUAGAUUGUCUCAGAAUUAUUUUAGACUUGGCAUUGAGAGUCAUGAAGAGAGUGAUUUACUUUUAGAGGAUCUGUUAAUGUGUUUGAUCUUUGAUGUCAACUGUAUCAAAAAAGAAUGAUUAGGUGUCUAAUUAGUGAGCACAUGCACUCUUGAACAUCCGUGUUAUUUGCAUCUAUAAUUGAAGAGUUGUUCUACUUUUA